GAAGAAAAUCCCCUCAUCUGACCCUUGGAACAGUGACUAUCGUCCGGCUUACUUGCACAUCCCUUCCUCUUUUCGAAGGUGUAGUGUGCCAUCUGUGACACCAAAUAUCCACUUUGUAACAUGGAAAGUCAGUACGGCCUAUUAAACACUUGACCAAGAAAUUUGUCCAAGAGCCCAAGAGAUGGAUAUAAAGUCCACUGUUGCCUUGAUCCGCAGCCACCUAAUCUUAAUCAAGCUAUGUAUCUUGUACUGCGCUGAACAAAACAAAACAACUCUGUCUUAUCUUGACGAUCACUCACUUUGAUUUCCUACCAAAGUACAAACAAGAUGCUUUUCAAGACAUUUCUCAUCGGCUUUCUGGCCCCCGUUGCACUUGGCCUCGCUGUCCCUGCCAAGCGUGGUGAUGACCAUGUGAACCUACCCAAUGUCGACCUCAACCGUUUGGAUGCCCCCAUCAUCGACGAACACGUCAACCUACCCAAUGUUGAUCUGAACAGGCUUGACGCCCCCAUUAUUGAUGAGCAUGUCAACCUGCCCAACGUUGACCUCAACCGCUUGGACGCUCCCAUCCUCGAAGACGAAUCGUACUAGGGCGUAUGCCCCUGAAUGAGCAUGGGGUAAUAUCAAAGUGGAAGUGGAAUAUGUAUGUUAAGAAUAGGAGUGGAAACAAUUAUGCGGAUGUACAGCUCAGGGACGGAUGAGUUCCUUUGGCUUGAAUCAAGUUAUGUUUAGUCAUGUGUAGCUUUGAUUUGAUGGGAGAAGUAAACUUCUCGAACCCUUUAUAUUGAAAUGGGGCGCUGGUUCAGAUAUUUGGAAGCCAAGAUGCUCAGAAAGCAGCUGAAUCUCCGAGUUUGACGUAGACCUGAUUUAUAUCAGAUUUUCAAGCACCAGGAGAGUAUGUAUCGUUUUUACAAAUCCAAUCUAUCGCUUUCGACACCCCAAAAAGAUUCCGUGAAGGUGUAUUCAUCAAUUUGGCAG